AUGCUUCAGAAUGAAGCUACGAAAGAGCGCGUUCGCCUGGCGGAGGAGUUUCUUGAUCCCCACGACCAACAUGCUCGAAGCUACCGACCAGACAUUAUCUUGAUGCUUCAAAAGAACCAACGCCGGCUGGUUGUAAACCUCGACCAUGUGCGCGAUCACAGCCCGGAGCUGGCAGAAGGCCUCCUCCUCGACCCCUUCGAACACACACUCGCCUUCAACCAUGCCCUUAAGGAGAUCGUCAAGACCAUAAAACAGGCACGGGUCGAUCAGACAGACAACGAAGUCCUGUAUUACUGCGCAUGGGCGGGUAGUUUCGGUCUGCACGCUUGCAAUCCGAGGACUUUGUCGUCUCAUCACCUCAAUAACAUGGUUUCCAUUGAAGGCAUUGUGACGAGAACUUCCUUGAUCAGACCCAAGGUCGUCAAGAGUGUGCACUACAACGAGAAGAAAAACAUAUUCCACUUCCGAGAAUAUCGGGACCAGACCAUGACCAAUGGCACAACAACGUCUAGCGUUUACCCCCAAGAGGACGAUGAGGGCAACCCCAUCAUCACCGAGUACGGAUUUUGCACCUACCGAGAUCACCAAACCAUUUCCAUCCAGGAAAUGCCCGAACGGGCCCCCGCCGGUCAACUUCCUCGUGGCGUCGAUGUCAUCCUUGAUGACGAUCUUGUCGACAAGGUCAAGCCCGGUGACAGAGUCCAGCUCGUGGGUAUUUUCAGAACGCUCGGCAACCGAAAUACCAACAACAACAGUGCCUUAUUCAAGACAGUCAUCCUAGCAAACAACAUUGUUCUCCUCUCGUCCAAGUCAGGUGGUGGCGUGGCAUCCGCGAUAAUCACCGAUCUCGACAUCCGAAAUAUCAACAAGAUCGCAAAGAAAAAAAAUCUUUUUGAGCUCUUGUCUCAGUCUCUAGCACCCAGUAUCUACGGACAUGACUAUAUCAAGAAGGCCAUCUUGCUCAUGCUCCUUGGGGGUAUGGAGAAGAAUCUGGAGAAUGGCACACAUUUGAGGGGAGACAUCAACAUUCUAAUGGUUGGUGAUCCCUCGACGGCAAAAUCCCAGCUUCUGCGCUUCGUGCUCAACACUGCCCCGUUAGCCAUUGCCACCACAGGUCGAGGCUCUUCAGGUGUCGGUUUGACAGCAGCAGUCACCUCGGAUAAGGAAACAGGCGAAAGGAGACUGGAAGCCGGUGCUAUGGUUAUGGCAGAUCGAGGUGUUGUGUGCAUUGAUGAGUUCGACAAGAUGUCAGACAUUGAUAGAGUCGCGAUUCACGAGGUCAUGGAACAGCAGACCGUCACCAUUGCCAAAGCCGGUAUUCAUACUUCACUGAAUGCUCGUUGCAGUGUCAUUGCUGCUGCCAACCCCAUUUUCGGCCAAUAUGACACACACAAGGACCCCCACAAGAACAUCGCAUUGCCUGACUCGUUGUUGUCCCGUUUCGAUCUUCUGUUUGUCGUCACAGAUGAUAUUGAGGACACGCGGGAUCGACAAAUCUCAGAGCACGUUUUACGCAUGCACCGAUACCGCCAACCUGGCACUGACGAAGGCGCCCCGGUCCGUGAGAAUGGCGCGCAGGCUUUGGGAGUUGCUCUGCAAAGCCAGAACGACAUUCAGGGGCCAACUGAGGUCUUCGAGAAGUUCGAUUCAAUGCUUCACGCAGGUGUUACCGUCACCACCGGCCGCGGAGCCAAUAAGCGCCACGAGGUGCUCAGCAUUCCGUUCAUGAAGAAGUACAUUCAGUAUGCCAAGCAGAGAGUGAAGCCCGUUCUUACUCAAGCCGCAUCCGACCGGAUUGCCGACAUCUACGUCGGUCUUCGCAAUGAUGAAAUGGAGGGCAACCAGAGGCGAACAUCCCCUCUUACUGUCCGUACGCUCGAAACUCUGAUCCGCCUAGCUACCGCGCAUGCCAAGGCUCGUCUUUCAAAUCGAGUCGAUGAGCGGGAUGCGUCGGCAGCCGAGGGUAUUCUGCGAUUCGCCUUAUUCAAAGAGCUCGUGGAAGACGACUCAAGGAAGAAGCGAAGGAGAACAAAGGUCGUCGAAUCUGACUCGUCUAGCGGUGAGAGCUCGGACGAUGACGAUGACGGCGAUGGAACAUCGAGAACCUCGACUGGCCGCGCCAGCGCUUCUCGGUCUGCUCGUGCGAGUGCCCGGAGUCAAGCCAACGGGCGCCGGGGUGCGCCUAAUGGAAGAAAUGGUCAAAAGGGUACAACACCACCCCCAGCUGAGGCAGAGGAGGAGGAGGAGGAAGACAAUUACGACGCCACGCCCCGACGACCCACUCGCAGUGCCGCUGCUACUUCGAGCGUAGUGGAACCUUCGCAAUCACAGACUUCCUUCGCGUCGUCUGUGCCAGCAUCGCAGUUGGAGUCUCAAGAGGAUACUACACAAGAGGACGCAGAUCUUGCGUCUGAUACAGCUGCUCUCAGCAUCGAUGGUCCCAUCACGCCGGCGAGACUGACCACGUUCCGCACAGCGCUCGGACAGCUCCUUAACACGGACUUGUUCGAUGCUGACUCGGCGAACGUGAGUCAGGUGAUCGAGGCGGUGAAUGGGCGCCUGGGUAGUAGGAGUGGGGGGGUUUUUAGCCGGGAGGAAGCUCUGAAGGCUCUGAAGAAGAUGGACGAAGCGAACCAGAUUAUGUACACGGAUGGAGACCUCGUUUACAAGAUCUAA